AAAUGAAAAUAUAUGAAUAAUAGGAAAUUAUAUCGGUUUCAAAUGGAAAUGGGGGUAAUUUCAUCAAUUUUAAUAUAAGUAAAAUAUGAGGAUCUGUCCAUAACGCCACCCCUAACAAAUAUUGUUAUCUUCUGUGCUCCGAGAAGGAUUAUUUUCUACUCCCCGAAAAUUGAAUUCAAAAUCGAUGGCUGCUCUCACCUCCGCUAGAGGCCAGCAAGAGCAGGUUCUAUUAGAGGAGAACUUGUCUGCAAGAACCUUGAUUUUAAAUAGACCUAAACAACUGAAUGCCCUUUCCUAUCAAAUGGUUACUUUUCUACUAGAGCAUUUCCUUGCUUAUGAGGAGGAUCCUAAUGUCAAAUUCAUUGUUCUCAAGGGGAAUGGAAGAGCAUUUUGUGCAGGCGGUGAUGUUUCUGCUGUGGUUCGUGAUAUCCGUGAAGGCAAUUGGAGAUUAGGUGCCAACUUCUUUGAGAAAGAAUACAUGUUAAACUAUGUUAUGGCAACAUACACUAAACCUCAGGUUUCAAUUCUUAAUGGAAUUGUCAUGGGAGGUGGUGCUGGUGCUUCAAUGCAUGGUAGAUUCCGUGUUGCAACUGAGAAUUCGAUCUUUGCGAUGCCUGAAACCGCUCUUGGACUCUUUCCUGAUGUUGGUGCCACUUAUUUCUUGUCAAGGCUUCCUGGAUUCUUUGGGGAAUAUGUUGGACUUACCGGUGCAAGGUUGGAUGGUGCUGAAAUGCUUGCAUGUGGCCUUGCAACCCACUUUGUCCCAUCUGAGAACUUGUCUUUGUUAGAAGAAGCAUUGUACAAAGCAGAUACAAGCGAUCCUGCCAUCAUUUCACUUAUCAUUGAUGAAUACUCUCAACAACCAUAUUUAAAAGAGCAAAGUACCUAUCACCGGCUGGAAGUUAUUGACAGAUGUUUCUCUCAGAGAACAGUUGAAGAUAUUUUGUCUACUCUCGAGAGGGAGACCAUGAAUAAUGCAGAUGCUUGGAUAUUAACCACAAUUCAGUCAUUGAAGAAGGCUUCUCCAACAAGUCUUAAGAUUUCUCUUAGAUCGAUUAGAAAGGGAAGGCUCGAAGGCGUUGGGCAAUGCCUUGUGCGUGAGUACAGAAUGGUUUGUCAUGUCAUGCAGGGAAAAGUUAGCAAGGAUUUCUUUGAGGGUUGCAGAGCUAUACUGUUGGACAAGGAUAGGAACCCAAAGUGGGAACCUCCUAAAUUGGAGCUCGUGAGUAACAGUAAUGUUGAGCAGUACUUUUCCAAAAUAGAUGACGAAGAGUGGGAAGAUUUGAAGCUGCCUGCUCGGCGUCACCUGCCUGGAUAUGCCACUGCAAAGCUUUAAACAUCAUUUCCUGCCCAAAGCUUAAAUAGUUAGCCCAGUUAAUUGCGUGGGUUGAGGGAUGAAAUACAAUCUUGUAAAUCAUAUUUCUAGACCUUUAUUUAGUGGUACUGUUGACACCAUGCUUAUAUUUUCUAGAAGCCUAUAUUUAUUGGGACAAUAUAUAAAUUUGAUCACAAACUUUGGUUGAUUUUCUUUGUGGCUCGAGGUUCAAUAAUGAUCAUGAUAUUUCAUAUUUCAUUAA